AUGAGGGAGGUUCUUCUGGGAAUUACAGGAAAGGACUUUACUCUCAUCGGCGCUUCCAAAGCUGUCAUGAGAGGAGCCACCAUCCUCAAGGCAUCCGACGACAAGACAAGAGUGCUGAACAAGCACACCCUACUGGCAUUCUCCGGAGAAGCUGGUGAUACAGUACAAUUUGCCGAAUACAUCCAACGAAAUGCCCAACUCUACUCGAUGCGCAACGAGACCGAGCUGUCACCCUCUGGUCUAGCACACUUCGUCCGAGGCGAACUUGCCACCAGUCUCCGAUCCCGAAACCCAUACAACGUAAACCUAUUGAUGGGAGGCGUUGAUCCCAUCACCGGAAAGCCCUCCCUAUACUGGCUAGACUACCUAGCGGCGCUGGCGGAGGUACCUUAUGCAGCCCACGGCUAUGCCCAAUACUACUGCUUGUCGCUCUUAGAUAAGCAUCACCACCCAGAUAUCACACUCGGACAGGGAAUCAAGCUCAUGACGAUGUGCAUAGACGAGCUGAAACGCCGGUUACCGAUUGACUUCAAGGGAAUGACAGUCAAGGCCAUCAAGGCGGACGGAAUUGUCGAUAUAGAGUUUGAUGAUGACCGCAUUGUGAAAAGCGCAUAA